GCACAUUUUGGGCACAAGAUGAAGUCGUCCUUGCGCGGGUACACGUCCAAGGUGGUCCAUGACCUGCUCUGGGCCAUGGCGAGCCCUCACCUGCUGUCCGAGGAGCUGGGCGUCUUGCCUGCGUCCAUGUCCGACGACGUCCUUGCGCAGCCGUCGACGCUCGCAUGGCUAGCGGCCCUGGACGCCGACCCAGCGCCGCUCGUGGCCUUUCUCUUCCAGAAGCGCCGGGACGCCAACUCGCUUGCCCUUGGCGUCUACUAUGCCGGCCUCCUCGAGUACUGGCUGCGCUUUUGCCCAUCGUGGCGCGUCGAGCGCCUCGCGGUCGGGCAGCAGCUCGUGUGCAACGAGAAGCAUGCGAUGCAGACGGUCGGACAGCUCAAGUUUGUGUUUCGCCAAGAAGGUGCGCAGCCGAUGCACUGGGAAGCGUCCAUCAAGUACUUUCUGCUCUGCCACGGGCCGCCAUACCAGCUCGAACACUUUGUCGGGCCGCACUUGGGCGAGAACCUCGCGUGGCGAGCGAUCGAAAUCGAGCGCAAGCUGAGCAUGAGCAAGGGCGAGGCCGUGCGUCGCUGGAUGGCGUCGCACUUUGAGCUCCCAGAAGCAUCCAUGGCGCCCACCUCGUACAUGGUGCUAAAAGGCGCGCUCUUCUAUCCGCUCACGACGCUCGCAUCGACCUUUGACGUGCAACGCAUUCCGUUGUGCGAAGGUCUGGCUCUCGAUCAUCGGCGCGGGUGGUGGACGUCGGCGCCAUCCUCCGACCUCCCGCGGACGACGUCGCCCAAGCACACCUUUGCCAUCCUCCCCAAGAUGCGCUGGCUCGCGCCCGUCGUCGCCUUCCGUGAGGGCGAUGGGUCGCUGUACCUGCCAAGAGACGAACUCAUGGGCCUCGAUCGCGUCGACCUUCUCUCGGUGCAGCAGCUUCUUACGCAUCUUGCUGCUCACUUUGACAAGUCGGAGAACGCUGUGCUUGUCGCCGAGGUCGAUGCGUCUGGCGACGAAGUCUCGCGCGGGUUCGUGAUGGAUCCCAGUUUUGAUCCGUCGCCGCUCAUGGCCAACGCGCUCCAGUACAAGCGCCGGAAGUCCAAAGACGCUGCCGGUGGGCGCGAGUACGAGCAGCGCCGGGGCAUGACGGGCGACGGCGUCCGGCUCAAGCACGACGUGCCGUCGGCCAAGAAGCGACAGCUGCAUUUGCACGACCUUCCGUCGACGCCGGCCGAGCUGUUAAUGGCGUUGCAAAGCCACCUGGUUGCGCAUAGCUUUAGCUACGCAACAAUCAAGGCGGUGCUCAUGAGCUACUUGCAAGCUGCGGAAUCCAUGCCUUCCCGCCUCGUCGACUGCGUCAUCGCGCUUGUCCAAGGCAGCGACGACUCAAAAGACACGCUACGCAUGGGCCACUUGGUGCUCGAAGCCUACAGUGCGGUGCGGACGACCCACGAAGCGGCGUCGGCGUUGCGCCUCGAGACCUUUUUGCAUGCACAGCUGGACUUGCGCGAGCGCUGGUGGUGCAUUCGGCUGUGCGCCAAAGGGAUGGGGCUGCUCGGCGCUUCUGCAGACCCGUCGAGUGUCCCGGUCGAGACGCUUCAACGUGCCGUGCACACCCUGGUGGCCGCCGCCCACCCGCGCUGGAACGCCGCUGCCGUGGACCUCUGCGCCUUGUAUCGGCUGCCUCGGACCGACGCGGCUGUCAUAAACAUUCUCAGCGCAAUGCUGGAGCACGCCGACUACUUUAACGCGGAAGCCUUCUUUGACGCGCAAGUGGCGCUCGACAGCACUGGCGAGCGCACACCUCGGCUCGUCUCGUGCAUUGCAACCUGCCAUUCGCUGCCGACAAAGAUUGCGCGGCGGUUUGGCGCUGGCCUCGCGCUCCUGUCGCCCCAUCGACCCGACGAGGCGGCGUCCGAGAUGCCACUUUUUGACGCUAAAGCGCACUGCGCUCUGCUCCAGCCCGCCGUCCACCGCGCUCUCGACGCUGUGCACUUGGUCGAUACGCCGGACGCCUUCGGGGCGCUGCGUGAGCACCUCGAACGCCUCGUGCGCGACGGUUCCUACCACGUAAUCGGCGUCGACUGCGAGUGGCGACCGCGCCAGCACGCCGACGAGACAGCCACCGAUAACGAGCGUGUGCAGGUGCUGCAGCUCGCCGUCCCGGAUGCCGUGUACAUCCUGGACACCAUGGCACUGGACGCAGCCGGUUCAAACAACGGGCUCUUGCUCAUGGAAGAGCUCUGUUCGGUGCUCUUUGGCUCGCCGAGUCUGUUGCUCGUCGGGUUUUGCUUUGCGGGCGACGUGCAGAAGCUCCGAGCAACGUACGCAAGUGUGAUGGACCGCGUCUGCCCGUACACGACCAACUGCCUCGAGCUGCGCAAGCUCGCGCUGCUUCGGCUCCCGACCGAGUCGGCAGCAGCGACGUGGGGCCUCGCGACCUAUGCGAGCGUGUGCCUACAUCUCACGAUGGAGAAGGACCAGCAGUGCUCCGACUGGAGCGUGCGGCCAUUGACGCUGGCUCAAAUCGAGUACGCAGCGCUGGACGCCGUCGCGGUGCGUCUCUUGGCGCUCUUCUUCCUCGCCGAUGUGCUCACGCUGCGCAGCGAAAACCACCUCACGUCGGCGCCCGUGACCAUGCCCGCGCGUCUUCUCCGUCGCCUCUUGAUUCGCGAAGACCGCCGCGACCUCGUUCCGUUUCUACAAGAGAGCAAUGUUGUGACUGCCCUUACGGCGCUGCGCCUUGCGUUCACGGUCGUGGACGCCGCCUCGGUGCUCGAGAGAAGCGCGAUCGUCAAGACGGUGGCUUUCGCCGUCACGUCGGAAGCCACUGCGUAUGUCGCCGUCGUGUUGGAGCUUGAAAAGACCAUCGAUACGACGGCACUGGCCGACGCGCUGGGCGUCGACGCCGGCCACCUCGCGCUCGCGACCGACGCCGAACUACUGCAUGUGUUUGGCUAUCCGCGCGGCUGCAUUGGCCCGCUGGGACUGCGCCAGCAGCGCCGCAUUCGAGUCGUUUUGGACGCAAACGUGGCAGCGAUGCCCACCAUGUACUGUGGGGUCGGCGCACUGCGUCGUGUCGCAAGCCUUGCUCUCCAAGAGGUUCUCGCCCUCGACGGGACACCCGGCGUCGGCGCAGUGACGUACCUUGUCGUAUGUCGUCCAACAGCAGCCACGUAGAAAAUAUACCGCAGUAAUAUCCAUAUUUCAACUUGA